GCAGUUCUUGCAGCCAGCUGAUUUCCAAGCAUUGCCUUCCUCAAGAGACGACAUUGCAUAGCAGAAGAAAGCUGGGAAAAUGCUUCUUCCUCAUGAUUUUUCCCUUGUUGAUGCUUUCUGUAGGUUCCUCUCCAAAAGGAGAACUCAGGAAUCCAGGCAGCUGAAGAUUGCGGCGCUGCAGGCGAUGUCAAGGACAAAACCUGUGCAUCUGUGGAACGGUGCGGGGCAAGGAGGGAAACGGAAAGCCUCCGCAGAAGCUGAUGCCAGUGGCCUUCCUCUGAAGCGCAGCCACGUGGAAAGCCAGGAGUGUGGCACAGCACCCAAGAGAGCAGUGGCGAGCAGCUCGGAUGUGCCGGAGGACAUCACGGACAUCCAGGGUUUGCUCUCUUGGAUCAAUGACGUGGCAAGAGCUGCUGAGGUCCCCCAGGAGAACCCCAGCAGCCCUGCCCCCGGAUGUCUCAUCGCUGAGCUCCCUGACAACCCUGGGGACAGCAGAGAGCUCAGCACACAGGCUGCUACCGGGACGUCCACCGACCCCUUCUGGGGGCUUCCUCCAUCCCCCGGGCUCCUGUCUGAGCUGCAGUGCGGGCUGUCGGAGCUGCGCCCCGUCGUGCCACCAGCGAGCGCCCGGCUCAGCCCACGGCCGACCACCCUGGCCGUCAGCGCACCUCCCUCAGCGCAAAGCGCACAGCCCACCGAGGAGGUGCAGCAAAGGCAGCCCCAGGAGGCUCAGGCUCACUCGCCCCCAUCGCCAGGCUCUGUCCCCAGCCAGGUGACAGAAAAGAAGAACAGGGGCAGCACCAAGCGGGGGGCCAAGCGCCCUGCGCCUGCCGGCACCCUGCAGAAAGGGGAGAGAUCCCAGCAGGAGCAGCCCACCAGCAGCGCUCCUGCCAAGAAAAGGAAGCUGCCGCCCCGCGGGGAAAGAGCAGAGAGGAAAGGCCGCAAACAGCCGUGCCAAGCAAAGCUGUCUGGGGCCGGUGCAGGAGCCAGCGAGCUGCGCAAGCACCUGCAGCAAUGCAUCCAGGCCGUGCACCCGCUGGGGCAGAGGGCGACUGCGGUGGGCCCGCCCCAAGACAGCCAUGCGCACAAGGCAGAACCAACGGCUCCAGGCAGCACGGUGCAGGAGGAGGGUGCUGCCAAGGAGGCGACGCCGAGCUGCCCGCGCCCGUCCCCGCAGAGGAGCUCGGCGCUGCAGAGGGACCCACCGCCACCACCACCACCACCAGCGCUGCACCAGCAGCAGCCUCGGCCCCGGCGCCCCGUGGACUUUGUGCCCUGCGUGGGGCCGCAGGCGGGUGGCGGUGUAAUACCGCUGGUGAUGGAGGAGUCGCUGCCCAUCACAGCCGAGCAGCGGCCCGAGCGGGAGCGCAUGAAGAACCUGGCCCAGGAAGAGCGGCAGCGGGCGGCCCAGCAGAUGAAGAUCGGCCCCGUGCAGUUCCUGGUGCAGCGGGAGAUAGACAUGGCCAUCGCCGACCAGUACGGCUACCCGUAA